GGCGGCACCCGGGGACAGGGAAAAGCAUCGGGCGCAUCCCUGCCUCACCUUGUUUGGCUUUCACUUUGUCACCCGGAGCUUGGAUGAAUCAUUGGACAGCGGUAAAUGCUGCCGGGAGUGUCCCUGGCACGCCAGGCUGUGCCCGCCCGGGGCUGGGCAUCCCCGACGCUUCUGGAAGGAGCAGGAGAUGUUCCCCUCCAGGAGGUCCUGCCUGCCUUAGCCAGCAUCCUGCCAGCCAUGGCCUCAACGCCCCAGUGAGGGGCAAAAGGACAAGGAGAGCGUGUCCCCAACCCUGCCACAUCCCCGGGGAGAGCCAUGGAGGCCCCUCUGGAUGUGCCUGUAGGGAACCUCAUUGACUUUGACACGGAACCACCCUCGUGUGACCCCUCAGAGCCCGCUCCUCCCGCUGCCCCCGGUGACCUGGGGGACACAGGGGACGACGUGGCCGCGGAGGAGAGCGAUGCCACCGAGUCGGCAGACAGCGAGAAUGACAUGGGCGACUCUCCCCAGCACUGGGGUGGCCACCACCGCUCCUCCUCCAACGAGUCCUUCUCCUCCAGCCAGAGCACGGAGUCGGCGCGGGACGAGGCCACGGCCGAGCGCCGGGAAUUCAUGAGGAAUUACGUGGAGAAAAUCUUCACCGGGGGAGAGGAUUUGGACCAAGAGGAGAAGGCCAGGUUUGGGGAGCUCUGCAGCAGCGAGAACGGGAAGGGCAGGGAGUGGUUUGCCAGAUACGUGAGUGCCCAGCGCUGCAACUCCAAGUGUGUGUCAGAGCAGACCUUCUACCGCCUGAUGCAGUCCUUCGCCCUCGUGCUCUUCGAGUGUCACCAGAUGGACGAUUUCAGCCCUGCCAAGAACCUCAUGACCAUGUGUUUCACCUAUUACUACAUAGGGAAACCUCAUUCCCUGCCUUUGGAGGCCAAGGAGAAGCCCACGGGCAGCAUCGACUCGUACCUGAAGUCAGCGAACACCUGGCUGGCUGAGAAGAAGGACAUUGCAGAGAGGCUGCUGAAAAACACCUCAGCCAAGACAGAGAACGUCAAGGGCUUCUUUGGGGGCCUGGAGACCAAACUGAAGGGUCCUGCCACCAAAAAGAGCGACGAAGGUGAAGACAAACCAAAGGAGAAGCUGAAGAAGACGGUGUCCCUGCAGAGCCCGGAGGAGGAGAAGAAGGGGGAGAAGAUUUACCUGUACAUGCACCUCAAGCAGCAGCCGAUCUGGCACAACCUGCGGUUCUGGAACGCCGCCUUCUUCGACGCCGUGCACUGCGAGCGCAGGAAGAGAUCCCCCACCACCAGGGAGAAGUGGUGCCACAUGACGCAGGAGGAGCGCGACGACAGCCUGCGCUUCAACGAGAACAUCACCUUUGGGCAGCUGGGCACCUUCAUCCACAACAUGCUGGCCUUUGGCCUCAACAAGAAGCUCUGCAGUGACUUCCUGAAGAAGCAGGCGACCAUCGGCAACUUGGAUGAAGAGCAAUACAAGCUGCUCAGUGACCACAUCGAGCAGAUGGCCACGGAGUAGCCACCUGGCCCAGCACAUGGUGGAGGAGAGACAGUGGCCGGACAGGUGGGGAGGGGAGAGGAGCCCAACGGGGCUACCUGAGACUGAAGCUGGGCUACCUACAAACCAAACCACACACACGAGCCGCAAUAAAACCUGCAUGAUCGUCCACCAAACUCUAGAGCUGCCCCAGAGCAGCCUGUAGACAUAGGAGCCAAACAGCCCCCGCCCUCGCCAGACCCUCCCACCUCUAUUUUCGGAGUAGACAGUCCCAAAAGUGAAUUUUGUUGGUUAAAAAGCAAAACAAAACAGAAGGGAAAAGCAGGAAGAGCGUGGCUGUGCAGCCCCCCAGGUGCUGUGUCUGCAGCCCACCCAUGAAAGGCAGGUGAGGUGUCUGGUGGUAAAUCCUGAGGUACCCAAGGCUCCCUUUGCCUGCUGCUGUCCCCUCGCUGAUGCUGGAGCUGCACCAGGGAUGCAGGAGGUGAUGGCAGGGACCACAGCCAGGAGCUGGGGCUGCACCCGGCCACCACUCCGGUUGUGUGGUGUCACCAGGGAUGUCACCACUGGCUGGGGACACGGGCAGGGCCUUGCCGGGGGCAGAGGUGGGGCUGGCAAAGCGCUGCUGCCACCUUUGGCACGCAGCUCCUUGGGAGCUGGAGGGAAAUCCUUGCCUUGGGGAGCCUUCUCUGUGCUGCCUGUGUGGGUUUGGACCUCUGGGCAAGGAGACAACAGUUUGCUCCAUAUCAUUAGCCUGGAUCAGUAGGAAAAAAGCCAUGGCUGUGGGUGGGAUUGCAGGCAGAGGAGCUCUGCCUGCCUUGGAAGGAGAUGACAAAACGCCUCAUUCCUCUCCCUGCUGCCCUCUCAGUGUCGGGAUGCUGCUGCAUUGUGACAUUUCCCAAAGCCUCCUGGCGUCCUGUGGCAGUGGAUUAAUUGUCCUCCUUCCCCAGGCUGCUCCUCUCUGCCCUCUCCUUGGCCAGCUCUUCGCUGCAGCUGCUCAUCCAUCAAACCUGGAACUGCCCUGUCUAAAGGACUUCUCCUCUUCUGCUCCAGGGGUGGCAGCUCCCACCAUGCAGCAGAUCUGUUUUAUGCCCUGGACCUUGGCACGGUGUUUGCAGAGAGAUUGGGGACAUGGGGACACUGCUGGGUUCACGGGGACAUCGCUGCUCCCCUCUGCAUUGAGCAGCCCACAGGGGCAGAAACCCCCAGCCCUGCACAGCCAAGGGUCCAACAGAGUCUCACCCCAAAAAACAUCAUCCUGAAACACAAGUCCAGGUUUCAAUCAAUCCAUUUUCCCUGUGCUGCCAGCUGUAUCCCAUAGGAAAUAGCAUAAAAGGAUAUUUUUUUCCAUGUAGCUCUUGGCUUCUGGUGUCAUUUCCAAGCAUCAAAAGUGAUGCUUUUACCUAAGCUGGGCUUCCCUUGCUGCUGGGGAUGGGAUCCAUGCUGGAUCUUGUAGGAAGGAUGAAUCCAGCAACAAUUUUUCCUUGGCAGAGUUACUGGAGAAGGGUUUUUGUUGGGGUGAGGGGCUGAUGUUGGUCCCUCAUCCCAAUAAAAACCUUCCUGCUUGGAUAAAUGUGCUGGAUCAUGAGCAGCUCAACAUCCUGGAGCAUCCCAUCCCCAUGGCCUUCCCUGUCUCUGUCUCCACUCAGGUCUUUCCCAAAUCUUCCUUCAUUUCUUUAUUAUUAUUAUUUUUUCCAACAUGAAAAGAAAAGUUCAGCGCUGAAGUAUAUAUAUUAUUUGCAUGUGUAUUUUUCUAUAAAAACAAUUAAAAUCCAAUAAAAAAUAGCCAUAAACCCUCCUCGACUGGGACUGUGUGAAGGAUGGAGUGUGUGUGAGAGAGACAUUGGAAUAAAUUAUCUUAAAAAU